AUGGCUCCAGUCCUGUGUUCCAAAACAGAUCUGUCCCCUUCAGACCAACAAGCUCUGGUCCAGGGAUUCACUUCACUUAAAGAUCUCAAAAGGCAUCAGCGGAUUCACACAGGAGAGAGGCCUUACUCAUGCCCCCAGUGUGGCAAGAGUUUUGUGCGACGAGCCCAUCUGAAAGUCCAUCAGCGCAUUCACACAGAAGAGAGGCCAUUCCUGUGCACUGACUGUGGUAAGAAGUUUACCUGUGAAGGACAUUUCAAAAUACACCAGCGCACUCACACUGGAGAGAGGCCAUAUUACUGCAUCCACUGUGGCAAGCAGUUUAGAUAUUCAGUAAUACUCAAAAAACACACAAGGAUUCACACAGGAAAGAGGCCGUACCGCUGCAAUCAGUGUGGCAAGAGCUUCACUCGAGGGGACAGUCUAAAAAUACAUCAGCGGAUUCACACAGGAGAGAGGCCAUUCCUGUGCACUGACUGUGGUAAGGGAUUCACUUCACUUAAAGAUCUCAAAAGGCAUCAGGAGAUUCACACAGGAGAGAGGCCAUUCCAGUGCACUGAUUGUGGUAAGAAGUUUGCCUGUAAAGGAGAUCUCAGAAAACACUUGCGCACUCACACUGGAGAGAGGCCGUACCACUGCGAUCAGUGUGGCAAGAGCUUCACUCAAGGGGACAGUCUCAAAAUACACCAGCGGAUUCACACAGGAGAGAGGCCAUUCCAGUGCACUGAUUGUGGUAAGAAGUUUACCUGUAAAGGAGAUCUCAGAAAACACUUGCGCACUCACACUGGAGAGAGGCCGUACCACUGCGAUCAGUGUGGCAAGAGCUUCACUCAAGGGGACAGUCUCAAAAUACACCAGCGGAUUCACACAGGAGAGAGGCCAUUCCAGUGCACUGAUUGUGGUAAGAAGUUUACCUGUAAAGGAAAUCUCAAAAAACACUUGCGCACUCACACUGGAGAGAGGCCGUACCACUGCGAUCAGUGUGGCAAGAGCUUCACUCAAGGGGACAGUCUCAAAAUACACCAGCGGAUUCACACAGGAGAGAGGCCAUUCCAGUGCACUGAUUGUGGUAAGAAGUUUGCCUGUAAAGGAGAUCUCAGAAAACACUUGCGCACUCACACUGGAGAGAGGCCGUACCACUGCGAUCAGUGUGGCAAGAGCUUCACUCAAGGGGACAGUCUCAAAAUACACCAGCGGAUUCACACAGGAGAGAGGCCAUUCCAGUGCACUGAUUGUGGUAAGAAGUUUACCUGUAAAGGAGAUCUCAGAAAACACCAGCGGAUUCACACAGGAGAGAGGCCAUUCCAGUGCACUGAUUGUGGUAAGAAGUUUACCUGUAAAGGAAAUCUCAAACACUUGCGCACUCACACUGGAGAGAGGCCGUACCACUGCGAUCAGUGUGGCAAGAGCUUCACUCAAGGGGACAGUCUCAAAAUACACCAGCGGAUUCACACAGGAGAAAGGCCAUUCCAGUGCACUGAUUGUGGUAAGAAGUUUACAUGUAAAGGAGAUCUCAGAAAACACUUGCGCACUCACACUGGAGAGAGGCCAUACCACUGCAAUAAGUGUGGCAAGAGCUUCACUCAAGGGGACAGUCUUAAAAUACACCAGCGGAUUCACACAGGAGAGAGGCCAUUCCAGUGCACUGAUUGUGGUAAGAACUUCACUCAAGGGGACAGUCUCAAAAUACACCAGCGGAUUCACACAGGAGAAAGGCCAUUCCAGUGCACUGAUUGUGGUAAGAAGUUUACCUGUAAAGGAGAUCUCAGAAAACACUUGGCUCACACUGGAGAGAGGCCAUACCACUGCAAUCAGUGUGGCAAGAGCUUCACUCAAGGGGACAGUCUCAAAAUACACCAGCGGAUUCACACAGGAGAAAGGCCAUUCCAGUGCACUGAUUGUGGUAAGAAGUUUGCCUGUAAAGGAGAUCUCAGAAAACACUUGCGCACUCACACUGGAGAGAGGCCGUACCACUGCGAUCAGUGUGGCAAGAGCUUCACUCAAGGGGACAGUCUCAAAAUACACCAGCGGAUUCACACAGGAGAGAGGCCAUUCCAGUGCACUGAUUGUGGUAAGAAGUUUACCUGUGGCAAGAAAACACUUGCACACUCACACUGGAGAGAGGGGGCACUCACUCACUGA